AUGGCUGCUGCUGCUGAUAAGGCUCGGUUCUUCUUGGAACAGUCGGUUCCAGAACUGAAGGAAUAUGAGAAGAAGAAGAUUUUUGGCAAGGACGAAAUCACUGCAAUUGUCAAGAAACGGUCGGAUUUCGAACACAAGCUCAAUGCUCGAGGCGCAAGCCCGAUCGACUUUGUGCGGUAUGCGCAGUACGAAAUGAAUCUCGACGUUUUGCGACGCAAGAGAGUGAAGCGACUAGGUGUUAAGGGUGCUGGAUUCAACGGCCAACGACGAAUCUUCUUCAUUCUGGACCGAGCCACACGCAAGUUUCAUGGAGAUAUUGGUCUUUGGGUUCAGUAUAUCGAAUAUGCGAGACAACAAAAAGCUUUCAAGAAGCUUUCGUCCAUCUUUACCGAUGCGCUACGACUCCACCCUACGAACGCGGACUUGUGGAUCUACGCUGCCCAGUAUGCCCUGGACGACCAUGCGGAUAUGACGGAAGCGCGGAGUCACAUGCAGCGGGGUUUGAGAUUUUGCAAGAGCUCUAAGCAGUUGUGGGUGCACUACGGAAAGUUGGAAUUGAUUUAUAUUGCCAAGCUUGUUGCGCGACGACGGAUUUUGGGGCUUGAUGGAAGAGUUGAACCUAGUACACAGCAGGAGGAAGCUGGAUUUGAUGAUGCUGACGCCGACAUGAUUGCAUUGCCCAAGCUUACCGGAGAGGAUGUGAACCCAAGCGAAGGUGACAAGAACGGAGUCGACAAUGAGGCGCUGCAAAACCUUGCGUCGACCCCAGCGUUGAGCGGUGCUAUCCCGAUAGCCAUUUUUGAUACCGCCAUGAAGCACUUCAACGAUGACGACAGGUUCGGCGAAGAAUACUACAAUAUGGUCAAUGAGUUUGGGGAUUUGCCGUGUCUGCGCAAGGUUUUGGAGCACAUUGUCGAAGCUAUGCGAGAAACCAAACCCCAGAGUUACCGUACGCACAUUUGCUACACCAAGGUUCCCAUUGCUGGCAUUCCGGUGACUUCACCGGAGUUCCCACCGGCACUGGGUGUAUCUCUUUCGCGCCUGAGAGAGUACCAAGCAAACCGCGACUUUGCACAAGAGGUUAUCAAUUGGCUGCAACCGUUGGAGAAGACGGAGUACCUGGAUCCUGCGCUGCAGAAGGUCCUUGCAGUCACUAUCCGCGGUGCCGAACGGACGCUCCAGGGCUAG